AUGUUAUCUCGCGAUGCGCUAGGUCGAACCAGUCCAAAUGAUUUUCGGUUUACCAAACAAGAUAAAUCAGCCAAAGGAUUAUCAUCUUGGAUGAAGAGACCAGCAAUGCCAGCCGAACAUUCUGCGGCUCGGCUAACCGUAGAACUGCUUCUGGUAAACGAGAGUUUCUUCACUUUCAGUGGCAAUCCGAUUGAUUUGCAAGAACUUUUCGGGGACGUUGGCACACUUGUGCGAUUCGCAAAUAGAGCUCUGGGCGUGUAUGUUGUAUCCGUUGAUCUCCGGAAUGUUGCAAAGCCUAGUUGA